AUGUACUGCCAGAAUGAACUCUUCCCAGUCAGAGGCCGGUUUAUUGUAGAUGAGGCGGGGAAUCUUCGAAGUCGAGAGAUCAAAUUCAACUUGAACAAGCUUGCGAGAGUCGCGGCAGACUCAGUCAGUGGUGCUAAAUUCAUUUCCAUCAAGAAGUACCCUGACGGCAUGUUCAACAAAGCAAACCUUAUGACUAUGGAAGAUGGCCAAGAAGUCGUAGUCAAAGUGCCUGAUCCCAAUGCUGGUGUUCCACACUUUACCACGGCCAGUGAAGUCGCCACGAUGGAUUUCAAGAAAUGGCUGAGCAUUUCAUUCUCACAUUACCGCAGCCUGUACUACGCGGGAGACGUGCAGUCCUCGGCGGGCAACUACUAUUUCAAGGAUGGCGUGGCUAUUAAAGAUUCAGAGUUUGCUAUUGGCCCAGCCCCUGGUCGAGAUUGUCUGUAUCUUCUUCUCACGGCCACUAACGAGUUUGCAGGGGCUUCUCUAACGCAGUACCUGCAAGCAGUCGGAACAAGAGAGAUGAAAGCAAUCCGGUCUCUGAAACCACCUAAACAGUUGCCUUAUUCUGUGGUCCAAAAUUGUACCAACCCGUCGCGGAAAAGAAAGCGAAAGGUCGUUAAUGUCCAUAUCCCAAAGGAUGCCGCGAUCACCACCCCACGCACAUGGCAUGACGAUCUACAUGAUGACAACAUCUUUGUGGACCCACAUAACCCCGAAAAGAUCACGGUUGACCUGAAAGACACGUGGACGGACUUACCUGGUGUCACUAGCGACAUUCCAUUUCCGUUUGAGUUUUCGGAAACGGAUGUCGAGCGCAUCAAUCUGGAUAUUGAUAAGGCGGUAGCAGGAACUGAGCUUGUGUCGGAGGUCAAGGAGAAAAUGGGUGAUUCGUGGCCGGACAAAGGCUUCAUCGAGCAUGAGCGAUACGAUGAUUGCAAAGCUGCCCUCGACAAAGUCAAAGGUCAAAUACUAAAGCAACUGCCUGGGGCGGAUGAGUAA